AUGACAUCUCCGAGGUUUGCUUUGUAUCUGACCUAUCUGUUCUGGGGAACAAUAACUCAGAUGACCCAUGUGGAAUCGUCCAUUUAUGUGCGCCAAGACCGCGGUUUUAUACCAGCGGAUGUUGGUGAAAGCGUAACUUUGCGAUGUUUCUAUGAAGGUGUUGCAGUGAUCAUUUACUGGUAUAAGCAAACUGUAGGACAGGAACCAAGGCUCAUCUCGACCUUCUAUAAACAUGAUAAAAGUGGCACCUUUAGGGAGGAAUUUCAGAAUAAUACUCGUUUCACACUGGACACAGGAAACGGUAAAAAUCACUUGACAAUCUCUGAUUUACGCUUUUCAGACUCAGCUACUUAUUACUGUACAGGUUGCUAUACAUAUGAUUUAGAAUUUGUAGAUGGGGCUACUGUCAGUGUGAAGGGUUCAGGUUUGAACGUCCCAGCUUUGGUCCAUCAGUCAGCGUCUGAGACCAUCCAGUCAGGAGGCUCUGUGACUCUGAACUGUACAGUACACACUGGGAGCUGUGAUGAUGGAGAACACAGUGUUUACUGGUUCAAAUACUCUGAAGAGUCUCAUCCAGGACUCAUUUACAGCCAUGGAGGCAGGAAUGAUCAGUGUGAGAGGAAACCUGACACACAAACACACACCUGUGUCUACAACCUGCCGAUGAAGAGCCGGAAUCUUUCUCAUGCUGGGACCUACUACUGUGCUGUUGCAUCAUGUGGACACAUACUGUUUGGAGAUGGGACCAAGCUGGACUUUGAGCAUGAAGGUGAUUCUUUUGUCUUGGUGUAUUUCUUGAUCGGAGCUCUGACUUUCACCAUCAUCCUGGUUGUUUUACUGGCGUAUGCAACAUAUAAAAUGAACAACAGAGGAGGCUGCCAAUGUACAGACUCAAGAUCUUCACCUUCCAGGACUCCAGGGGAUUACCAAGAUUCUGACAAUCUGCAUUAUGCUGCUUUGAGGGCACACAAGGUCAACAGAUCAACAAGACAGAGGGACGACACACAGAGUGAAUGUGUGUACUCCAGUGUUAAGCACUGA